AUGGGCUUCGCUGCCACUGGUGAUGCCUAUUGUUACCGCGGCGACCUAGCUCUCCAAGGCAUGAAGAAGUGUGUCAAGGUUGUUGAUGACAUUCUCAUCUUCGACGAUGACCUACUGACACACUACCACAGGAUCCACGAAUUGCUCACCCGCUGCCGCAAAAAUGGCAUCACUCUCAACAAAGAAAAGUUCACAGUGGCAGAGACCAGAGUGAAUUUCUGUGGCUUCACCCUCUCCGAAGAAGGAAUUGCUGCUGACCCAGGACUAGUUGCUGCUCUGCAAGACUUCCCUACACCAUCCAACCUGACGGACUUACGUUCCUUCAUGGGAUUAGUAAACCAGUUGGCUGAGUUUACCCCAGAUAUUGCCCUGACUGCACAGCCCCUUCGACCACUCAUGAGCCCCAAGCGCUCUUUUCUUUGGACACCUGACCAUGACCAGGCCUUCAAACAUGUGAAACAAGCACUUUCAAGCCCACCUGUUCUUGCGUCUUUUGACCCAACCCUGCCAACCAUUCUCCAGACCGACGCAUCUCGCCUCUACGGGAUAGGCUACGCUCUCCUCCAGGACCAUGGAUCUGGACGUCUCCGAGUAGUCCAGUGUGGAUCCCGCUUUCUCGCAGAUGCCGAAACAAGGUAUGCAACGAUUGAACUGGAGAUGCUUGCAGUAUCUUGGGCCCUCACAAAGUGUUGCCUAUACCUCAAAGGACUGCCAACCUUCACCCUGCAAACCGACCAUCGCCCAUUGGUGCCUAUCAUCAACAGCUACACGCUGGACAUGGUUGAAAACCCACGGCUCCAGCGAAUGAAGGAGCGCAUGUCGCAAUAUCAAUUUACUGCAGUGUGGCGCGCCGGCAAGUCUCUAUGCAUCCCAGAUGCACUUUCUCGUACACCAGUCAGCUACCCCACCUCUGAGGAUAUGACUGGCUGCGCUGGGGUAACGGCACAUGUCAGAUCUGUCAUCAACGCUACAACAGCUUCCCAGGACGGGGAUGCCCCAACCAUUGACGCCGACCGGACCCUACAGGACAUGUCGAUAGCAGCACAGGCCGACCCCACCUACGUUCGCCUUCACGAUUGCAUCAGUUCUGGGUUUCCCACGAAUCGGUACGACCUACAUGUAUCGUUAUCACCGUACUGGAAGCUAGAGGUGGGUGUUCCCUUACGCCUGCGCACUGAUGGAGGACCUCAGUUUACCAGCAAAGAAUUUGCCGACUUCACAGAACGUUGGGGUGUACACCACAUCACCUCGUCGCCACAUUACCCACAGUCUAAUGGACACGCUGAGGCCGCCGUCAAGGCUGUCAAGCACUUGAUCCUCAAAACGGCCCCCACAGGAAACAUUGACUGCGAGGAUUUUGAUCGUGGUCUCCUCGAGUUAAGAAACACACCCAACCAGUCUGGUCGCUCUCCUGCCCAGGUACUGUAUGGUCACCCUCUCCGUACAUGUGUGCCUGCCCAUCCUCAGUCAUUCACAGAAGAUUGGCAGGAAAAGGCCCAUGACUGCGACCGCCGAGCCGCUGCCAGGGGCAGCGCAACUUUGACACCCACGCCCGCCCCCUACCCAGGCUUAAUGUGGGCCAACAUGUCCACCUCCAGGACCCAACAUCCCACCGAUGGGACACAGUUGGGAUUGUCAUGGGUGGUGCAAGAUCACGCGAGUACGAGAUCCAUCUCCCAAGUGGUCGAGUGUUACGUCGGAACCGUCGCUUCCUAUAUCCACUGCCCAGCCCCAGUCAAGUUCCCAACUCUGAUCUCCCUUUGGUCCCUAGCCCAGACAUGGAAAAGUCAUCAAUUCCCUCCAAAGCCCCUCGCAGGUCCCCAAGAUUGA